GCGCAGCUCGGAGCGGGGGUAAGAGAGGCCCGGACCCCCCCCCCCUCCCCCGGCCCCGCCGCCAGCUCCCCGGAAUGGACAACAGCAAUGUGGAGGAGACGGCGGCAGCUCUGGUGAGGGAAUAUCUCAGCCGCAAGGGUUUAAAGAAGACCAUUUCUGCCAUGGACCAGGAACUUCCACGUACAGAGGGCAGCAUUAAUACCCGAAAUGAGCUGAAAAAAGUACUACACCUGGAAUCACUUUAUAAACAGAACAAGGCUCAGUUGAUGCCUUUAAAGACAAUGCUGGAGAUAAUCACAAAAUAUUUCCUGGACAGCAACGAGAACACAAAGGUUAUGGCACGGGACAAUUUUCGAACACCAGCUAUAGUAAACCAAAGAGCAACCUCAGUGCGUUUUGACAGUACCUUCGUAAAUAUCUAUGAUCUCUCUGAUGAGGACAAAGGUGGUGGUAUAGCGUUUCAUGACUUGAAUAAAUCAGAGGCUUGCAGGUUUCCCAAUGAUUCUGCUGGUUUAGCAUGUAUGUCAGUACCUUCUUCCAAGCCUCUGCAGAGUUCACUCAAGAAGAAGGAUAGAUCUCCAGGCAGGAAUGGGUGUCCUUCAGGAGGUGAACCAGGACUCCUUCCUGUUAACAUCCUUUCAUCUGAUGCUUCCAGGGCUGGUGUGUUUCCUGUGGAGGCCAGAGGAACAAAUAUGGAAUCGCAGCGGCCACGAUCUGGUCGCAUUGUACGUGGUAUGAUGUCUGGCCCAAUUCGCACAGUACAGGAGGAUUCUUCCAAAAAGCGUCUGAUUAAACGGGCUUCUGGAUCUAGCCUGACUUUACAUUCAAUAGAGAGCGACGUUGAUAGUGGCUUCAAGGGCUACAUACGACAGGUAGGCACCUCCUGUGAAACUGUUGCCUGCUCUGACUGGCUUCCUGCUGCUGGCACACUAAUGGUGGAUAACAUGGCAGAUGGCGCACCCACCCAGGACUAUCCACCGAAGAAACCUUCCUGUCUUGUGACAGGCGGCCGCAGCAGUCAGAAAUCUCAAGACUUCAGGUGGUACCAUGAGGCAGCGGAUGAUCCUGGCACAGAGAGGGUACUGGACCGAGAAAGAGGGCAGGUCUCAAGUGGUCAGGAGAAAAAACUCUCCUCUAACUUCAAUGUCAGCUUGCCCGAAAAGAGUAGGAAGGUGAAGUUUGCUCCCGAUUGCAUGAACAUUGAGUAUGAGGCAAGAGAAAAUGAUGUUAAGAUGGAGGAAGAUCUACAUUCCAGAAAGCCCACUAUGUGUUCUCCUGAAAAUCAACUGAUAGAACGUCUGCAGAUAGCUGAUAUUGAUGAUGACGACUUGGAAGAAGUUGAUGAAAUUGCACCUGUCAGUUCUCUUCGUAAACAUCACAUUGACUCGAAGCCUAUUGACCUGUCUCUUGCAAUACAGGUGAAAAACCUUCUCUUUGGGUCCAGCUUCUCAUGCUUUGCUGAGGAAUGGAAGAUCCAGAGUUUCACUUUCAGUGAUGUUCCUGACUUAAGAUAUGGCAUUGUUCAGAAGAAGGGUGGUCCUUGUGGAGUUUUGGCUGCUAUUCAGGCCUGUGUCUUGCAAAAGCUGAUCUUCGAGGACAUAGCAAACAGUGGCAGUGAGGCCAUGGAACUGCAGCCAACCAAUGGUCAGCGAUCACAGUGUCUUGCAUUGGCCAUUGCAGACAUAUUAUGGCGUGCUGGGGACAGGAGAAGAGCAGUAGUUGCUCUGUCAACAGGAAGACAGCAGUUUAUCCCAGCAGGAAAAUAUAAAGCUGAUGGGACAAUUGAGACGAUUAUACUGAACACUCUGACAAACUUCCAGGACCUGACAACUUUUCUUCAGCAAAAUGUUGGCCAGUUUGAGAUUGGACCAUUUGGCUGUAUUCUACUGACAUUGUCUGCCAUUUUGUCUAGAUCCAUUGACCUAGUAAAAUCUGACUUUGAUGUUCCCAGCACUACUCUAAUUGGAGCUCAUGGAUACUGUACACAGGAACUUGUGAAUCUGCUGUUAACCGGUAAAGCUGUCUCCAAUGUUUUUAAUGAUGUCGUAGAGCUGGAUUCUGGCAAUGGCAACAUCACAGUCCUUAAAGGAAUUUCAGGACGCAGUGAUAUUGGGCUGUUGUCACUGUUUGAACACUACAGUAUCUGCAAGGUGGGAUCCUUCCUGAAAACUCCUAAGUUUCCAAUCUGGGUGGUGUGCAGUGAGAGCCACUUCAGUGUCUUAUUUUGCCUGAAGAAGGAAUUGAUGAGUGACUGGAAAUUUGAGAGAAGAUUUGAUCUCUACUAUUACGAUGGCCUUGCCAAUCAACAGGAAGAAAUUCGACUUACAAUAGAUGCUUCAGAACAUUGCUCGUUGGAAGGAGACGAUGACUUGAUUCCUCCACUUGAACAUUGUAUCAGGACAAAGUGGAAGGGAGCUUUUGUCGAUUGGAAUGGAACGGACCCAAUCCUGUGAGAAGUUCAACCUUCGUCUCUGAAGUCAAACCUGGAUCGAAUGGCCCGGGAGACUGAGAGGUGCAAAAAAUCAAACACCAACACCUUCGCUUCUGAAGUGCUGCCGUAAAAAGCAAGAUAGAUCUUAAAAUGUGUCUGUCAUCGGAUGGCACCCAACAACACCUCCAUCAGUUAAUUUACCUCAUUUCUUCUGAACGCGUAGCGGUGGGGGUUGGGGGAAAAAUGGAGAUUGCAAUGUCGAGGGCCGCAAAUUCAGGAAAGUAGUGAGCUGGCUUACCCGCCGGUCUCCCAAGUGAACUGCUCGAAAUUGAUACUUGGUAUGCUACCGUGCCUAUUUAAUUCGGGUUAUUCAAAUGAUCCUCUAGGAUUGAAGACCUUCCCUAUUGUGAAUAACAUAAAACCCAUUGUGAAAAUUCGAUGCUAUCAAAAUGGGCAGGUUCGUUGGGCUGCAGUUAAUGCCCUGUGGCAGAGCUGAAGUAGCUGAGCUGUAAGAGAUGCUGAGAGUUUCUCUGAAAAGUUGUCUUAGAUUCAGCAAAAGCAACCUUUUGAGCGUUGUGUUCAAUUAUAUCGUUUUUUUUUGUUUUAAACAAUAUUAAGAAAUUACUGAAGAAGGAAUUUGGACCUAAACCAAUUUUUCCUGUUCAAUCAGGAUGCUAAAGGCUCUGGUUCGAUGGGAGAUUGCAGGUUCACAGAUGCUUAAUAGUGACUUCAGUAAGCUCACAUAUGCCUUUACCUGUUAGCCACCAUACUGUCUACUUGCUGGUAAAACUAAUAAUGCUGAAUGUUUAAAAGAAAAAAUGGCUUUUAUUAGCUCAAGCAAUUAAUUUUUUAGAUCAUGUGCUACACCUUCAAAGAAUGGUCAGCAUGGACCAGAAGCUGAACGUUUGAGGUUUCGCCUGAGCAAGGUGAAACUUAUUUCAAUAAGUGAGACAACCUGUAGAAGCAACUGUCUGUUGUACUUCAGUCUAGUUAGAGCCAUCUGUCUUGCUGGCAUUGCCCACAGCAGGAUGGGGUGAGUAGGAGAAUGAGAGAUAUGGCAGUGGGCCAAUAUGCGACAUACCUUCCAGGCCACACAGAAACCCAAAAGUCCCAAAGUUGACCCCACACUACAAAACAAUUUGCAGCAAUGCCAUGGACGGCUGGGAGGAGUAGGAGCACUCUCUUGAUUUCUCAUGAAGAUAAUUCAUUUUUUUAAAAAAAGAAAAUGUUUUGGUGGCAGCCUCCAGCAAUCCCUUUAAGAGCCCACAUAAUUAUGCUGUGUGUUGAUUGAGUAAUCCUGAGCAGAAGAGCCCCCAGCAGGCUGCUCUGCGCUGUUCAGAUUCCAGGAGUCAGUCUUAGGCAUCUGACAGUGACACCUGGCAAACUGUUUCUGCCUUGAGAUGGCACCCGUAACACCUGGCACAGUUCAAACUGUGCUGCGACAUGUUCCCUUUUCCACAAUGAGGAGCAUAUUCUCCCACCUCAGUGUGUGGAUGAAAAAUACCAGGAAUAGUGUAAUGUUUCUUUGUUUCCAAAUAAAGCCUAAGAAGGUUUAGGAAUGAAAAAUAAGCCAACAAACCUGGAAGCCUGUUCCUGUUACCCUAUUAUGUUUUUCUCUGUGUUCCUUAAAAAUACUUCUUUCAAGUAAGCAGCUAUCCCUUUGUUUGAUGUUCUAACUGACUUUGCAUUUAUAUCUACGUGGCAUGUGUUUUUAUGUUUGUCUUGAUUCUGCUUUUAAUGAAAGAUUAGUCUAAAAAAAUCUUCUACACAGAAGUACUCGUUGGUAACAAACAAUUCCAUGGUUCUUUCUUUCUUGAGGAGUCACAUUUUUUCAAGUAUGUGUUGGCUAGCAUCUACUACUGAAGCAACUUGACCAGCACCACGUAAACCGAUGAAUGGUCAUUUUGAUUUCACAGCUAUCUGUGGAACCUUGGCCUGUGUAAGCUGAUUCCCAUCUUUGACAAGCUGAAGAUUCAGCAGCUGGGAAGCAUUUUGGAAUGUCCUGGACCUAUAAAAGGAGCUGCACUGUUCUUUUCAUCCUCUUCUUCCUACAUCCUUUUCACUAAAUUCGAUCCAGUGGUGUCAUCUGCCAAACUCAAUCCCGCCUUAUCCCCUCAUUGGACAGCCUGAGGGUCUCAUCACUUCCAGCUCCAACAUUAUUCUGCUGGUUUCAGCCUGAACACCAGUGCUGUUUUUUAUAUACAUGCCCUGGGAGUUAAAAUACCUGCAUUCCAGCCCACUUUCCAUCUGUCAAGCAGGAUAACCUCCUAUUCCUUGUGCUUCAUUUUGAGCUGGCAAGCCACUUGUGCAGAGCCUUUUAAACAUGGCAAAAAUGAAAACGCUCCCUAAUCAGCUUCUGAGUUUAGCGCACUUGCCUUAAAUGUUCGCAUGAUAAAGUUGCUCGCAGUAAUUUCCAGCCUCGUGUUGUUUAACUGGUUGUCAAGGAAUUAAAAAGCAGCCAUUAUGUUUGGCUUUGUUGGAUAUUCCGUUGCCUCUAAUUUGUUUGGUGCAAGAAAUGUGCACGUGCACAUACAAAUAUAUGUAUUAAUGUACGUCUGAGUCUUCCUGGUUAGUACAUGAAGCCAAACAAUGAGAGACUGAGCUGUUGUAUUAUUUUGUGUGCAGUAAAUUGAUGCUGUGGACUUUCUGAAAAAUUGCUGUUUUGUUUGUAAGAGUGAAAUGAAAUAACUGUUAAUUUAUUGAAAUCCUUUCAUUUGUGCUCUGUACCACCAUACACACCAAUAAUGCCUCCAUGUCCUGCAUCAUAAUAAAAAAAU